CCAAGGUGUGCCAUUCCUCCAGCAUAUGCUCAUGGAGUUUGCCAGAUUUCCAUUGCUACGGCAUCAGAUAUCCACAAAAAUAUUUAUAUUCGUGGCUCUCUGCUACAGCUAGUGGGCUAUUCUGGGGUUAUAUUCUCACGAUGACUUUGACCUGAAGUCCCAGCUUAAAACCAGUGUUGAACUGAGCUAGUUUUAUAACUCGCGAAAAACUUGCACCUCUUGUUUUCGCUAAACUGCCUUAGCUCGCUACCCACUCGCACUUUUCUGGUUCUCGCACUUACCCAUCUCUGCCUCACCUUGAAGUGACACCAGUUGAUAAAUUUUUCGUUUCCCCCGAAACCACGUAACUCAAAACCCACAACCUGUCAUUUAAGGAGCUCAACGAUGGAUAACAUAAUGAUGCUGUCUAUACCGGAGCCUCUGUCCAAUUCUUCGGUUCCUCCAGUCUCCACAGAGACGGAUCCAUCCAUUCCAGAGCCUUUAACUGGCAAAGAGACCGCCAGUCCAUUCCUCGCAGAACCUUUAGACACAGUCCAAGUUGCUUCUGAACUCUCACCACCUCCCUCCAGCCUUAUUGAAGCUCUAGAAGUUACGCCAAAGUCAGAAAGGUCGGCCGAAAUGGCUGCUACUGAAAUUUCAGUCGAGCCCUCUGGAAUGUUAGUCGAACCCGUUGUGCUCAAGACAAACAAAUUUCCUCAAGACAAUACUCUCAAUGAGAUCCCCAUCGUGCCUUCUGGCAAAGUACCUAAUCUUUCAGGCGAUCCCUCGCCCUCUGCUACCGCCACGCCGUACCCUAUCACCUCGGCCGAAACCACUCCCUUUCCAACCCUUCCACUUCCGCCAUUUGAGCCUCAGGGAUCCCGAGGGAUGGCAUUUUCACCGCAAAUACUGGUAUCACCCCAACCCAACGGGAUACCCUCAGGGAUACCCUCAGGGAUACCCUCUGAAGCAUCCUCAGAGGAACCCUCUGUGGCAUCUUCAGGGGCGCUCCUCCUGAAGGGUAUGCCCCCCGGGGCACCCCACCUGUCUCUCUACAAGGGGCCGCCACGCUCCACCCGCUUCAUUAAAACCCUCCAGAACGACUCGUCCAACAACCACCACUACAACCCGUAUAUCUACCCCCAGCACCGAAGCCGAGCUAACCCACCUUUGGAGAUCAACGUGCAUACGCGACCAGGUGAGGUGGGAGAGGUGCCCGAGAUUCCAACGUUCCGCUUGACCCACAAACAGUUUGGCGACCCGAUGGCAUUUAUCGAGUCGGUGCGGGAGAUUGGCGAGCGGUUUGGGGCGGUAAAGAUUAUUCCGCCGAGCUGUCCAGUGAGCGUAAAUUCAGUUCCCUCAGGCAACCUGAUGAAUCCGGGUGCCCCCAACUCAGCUCCGGCUAACCCCGAUCUGAGUAACCCCUUGCCAUGCAACUCUCUGGGUGGCUCUCAGACAAGCUCGCUUCCCCUAUUCGGCGUUCACACUCCUCCUUCCACCUCCAUCCUGGCCCCUUUCCCUUCAACCUUGUCCUCUCUGACUUCUAGCUGCGAGCCGCCAGAAACCGAUGGUUUGAACGGCCUGACCGGCUUGAAUUCCGUAUUCAAUCCUCGCUUCGCGAUCAACACUGACCUCUUCUGGUUCCACUCGCGGCGCCAGCUCCUCAACCCCCGUCAGCCCGAGCUUCUCACACGCUUAGAAUUCUACUCGGCCCUCAAAGCCUUCCACGCGCUGAUUAACAACACCCCCGCGACAUUUGGCUUGCUCAAAUUGCCUCUUAUCGACAAGCGGCCUGUGGAUUUGUACCGCUUGCGGUCGUGUGUGUUGCUCCGUGGCGGGUUUGAGGUGGUGUGCGGGAGAAAGUUGUGGGCCCAGGUCGGCCGUGAGAUGGGGUACAAAGGGCGGAUUAUGAGUUCGUUAAGUACGUCGUUGAAAAGUGUUUAUAAUAGAUACUUAAAGGAGUAUGAUGAGCAGGUCGAGGUGAAGGUCAAAACUGAGGGAGCAAAGGCCGACGACCGAAUUUUCUCGGAAUCGAUUCUGAAGAGCUCUGAAGGUGUCUUUACGGCGCCUCAAAGUGACUCUGCAGUCUCUGGAGGUGGUCUGGUCUCUGGUAGUUUAAAGACCGAAGCCGGUUUAAACGCCUCCCAAAAUGGCUUAACCUGUGAAAGUGCAUCGAACUCCCUCGAAACUGACACUGGCCCGACCCUUCCAUCCAACACUGUGUCCAACACUGCUAUAGAAAAUGUUCCAACACCAACCAACUUCCUAGCGGAGACCCUCCCUGGCGUGAAGAUGGAAGAUCUGUCUGAUGGAAACACGGAAGGGAAGGGCCAAAAGAGAUCAUUUAGCGACCCAGGUCAUGGGGAAAAAUCCGAGAAUGGCUCGAAUGCGAAUCAUGAUUUGAGUACCGUGGCUCGCGACUCGCACAAAAGACCCAAGCUCGGAAAUCUGGCGGCUUCCUUGGACUUUGACCUCUUUCGUUCCCCCGUGGUGGUUGGCUCCACCGUCGAGAUCCACCGCCCGAAACAGCUCCUCGAGCUGAAAGGCAUCCGGACCAACUUUGCGUCCAUCACUGACGACCGUCCGGGGAUCACCGACGGUGGUACUAAGGUUCUCCCAGGGUUUGACUUUGCGCGCUGGUGCGGCGAUCUUGAGGUGGUUGACAGCUCUUCGUUUGACAACAAACUUACGCCGUUGUACAACUUACGCCAGUUCUACGAAAAGAACCUCAAGUUCCACGCGUUUGUGAAGGAGAGGUAUAGCGUGGCGGCCGCGCCGAGCGUGGGCGAAUUAGAGAAUUUAUUCUGGAAGAUUCUCCAAGGAGGCGAUAGUGAGGAAGGCGAAGCAGCCCCUGUUGAAAAGGCCCUGAAGGAUGAAGACACAAGUUUGGCUCGCGAUAUAACUCUCUCGGCAGCUGACGGACUUCCUGAACCCUCCGACCAGGUGGCCGCUGCGUUUUCGUAUGCUACCACGUUUCCCCCCGAACCAAUCAUCUCUGCCCCCCACCUCGUUCACUCCGUCGAAUGCGCCAUCAAAAUCCCGACUCUGGUUCACGAAUCAGCCUUCCCCAUCGUUGACCGUGCAGACACCAACACGCAAUUCUCGUCGCUCCACCCCUGGAACAUCAAUAAUCUUCCGUUGCACCGCCGCGGGUUGCUCCGCCACUGCGCAGGCGACCUCGCAACCGUCAGCCGCAGCAAUAUCAGCGUGGGCAUGAUGUUCUCCAGCGAAUGCUGGAGCUGCGAGGACCAUUUCCUCCCUAGUAUCGAUUAUUCACACUUGGGUGAUGUACGUGUGUGGUACUGCGUCGCACCGGAGGACCGGGAGAAGUACGAGGCACUUCUUGAGAGGGUCGCAGACUGGCGCGAAGCGCGCCGUGAACACGACGCGGCGGCCGUCGCGGCACAGCUUGCACGCUUGGGCGCACCGCUCGCGCCGAUCGACAAAGAGUUUAUCGCGACCUGCAAAGAAAACGCGGUGCCCGCGUAUACCCGCCACGCGCGCACACACGACACGGACGAUGUUUUUGCACGCAUCCAGGCACCGCACAUGUGCGCGCGGCAGCUCAACGCGGACGUGUUCAUUCCGCCAGCCGUGUUGCAGCAGCACGGCAUCCGUGUCUACUCCACGCGCCAGGAGGCAGGCCAGUUUGUGGUUACGUUUCCGCAGAGCUACCACGCAACGGUGAACCUCGGGUUUACCGUGUCAGAGGCUGCCAACUUUGUGCCGCCGUCGUGGUUGGCGCAUGCCUUAGACGGCGAGAAGUGGCUCCGGCACCAGGGUAUUGUACCAAUUGUGAACACGGUACAGGUGCUUGUGAGCAUCAGUGAGUCGCGCGAUAUCUGCGCGACCGAACUCGCGUUGCGCGCACGCUUCCGCGCGUACCUUCCCGCCGCGAAAGAAGUGUUGGUGAAGGACGUGUGGGAGUACGUGAGCGAUUCCGACUUGGGGAAUCUGUACCCAAGCAAGGUGGUGUUGAAAAGGAAGGGGAGAGGGUUUAACAUGGGAGUGGGGGAGUUUAUGAAGAGGAUUCGGUCGGGCGAAAAUCCAGGUGACAUCCCGGACAAAUCCUCAGAGUUGUUGGAUCUCCCUUCCGAUGUUUUGGUGGAGCUUCAUAUAGCGUUCAGCGACGACAAGUUGCGGCGAAUCCACGCGCGGCUCGCGCAGCGUGACGAGGGCGCACGCGGUUGUGGCGACUGGCGGGAGCAUCACUCUGCACUCUUUGACCUGGACGAGAUCCCCCUCUUGAAGAACGUGCGCACACUCCUCAGCGAUGGCGAGCGCCUCGUGGACGACGACGACGCGGAAAACAGCGAGCUCGUACGCACGCUCCGGGUGUUUGUGGAGCGCGCCUCCGCGUGGGUCGAGGACGUCAAGAAGGUGUUAGCGUGCAAACACCAGAGUCGGAUCCGUCAGAACGCGUCACCUGAGCUCGUAGACAUGAACCACGUGUUGCGCUUGGCGGACGAGAUUGCAGGUCUCUCAUUCCUGUGCCCGGAGGUGGACCAGUUGCUUGAGUUUGUCCAGGAGAUUGAGAGCUAUGAGGAGAGUGUGAGGGUCUUCUUGGCCGGAAGCGGCCAUUCUCACGAGGAGUUUGCGGACAUGGUUUCGUUGGGGCGGUCGUUUGGGGUGGAGAACUUGGUGAGCGUGGCGUUUUUGGAGCGGAUUGGGCGGCGGAUAAAGUGGGUGGCGGAGAUGGCGGGGCUAGGUGAGAGCCCGGCUCCAGGCGAGACCCCGAGCGACGUUCCACAGUCUGACGAAAUCCGUCCGGAGACCACCUCCGCCUCUAACACGUCGCGUGUGACAUAUGACUUGGAGGACAUCCUGUCGCUCCUCGCGGAAGGCCGCGAGGUGUGUGGUGCGGCGGAUCUCCCGGCUCUCCUCCAUCUCAAGGCGCAGUUCGAGCACGGGAGCCGGCUUGACGCGGAGGUACGCCACAUGCUUGCAGGCAAAACAAACCUUCGAAGCAUCGGCACGCUUUUGGACCAGAACCAUAGCAUUCCUGUGGGCCGCGACACGCGCGAAGUGUACCAGAGCACGCGGAAGCACUUGGAGGCGGUGGAGGACAAGGCGGACAAGAUGCGCGCGCGCAUCGACACCGCGGCGCAGGUGUUUGCGCGCACACGUGUGCUUCUGGACCUGGCCGUGGAUCGGGUGUGGCUGGCGGAAAACCCGUGUGUGGUGGACGGGGGGCCCGACGACAUUCGUCCGGGUUACGCGGCGGUGAAGCACGUGGUGGAGGAGGCACACAAGUGCAAGGCACGGCCUGACAUCCACCGGUUGGAUGUGUUUGUGCGGCAGGCGGACGAAUGGGUGAAGCGGUUAAAGAAGGUGAUUGGCAAGCCAAACGCGACCGCGGGGGUGGUGACACAGUUUCUCGACGCGGUCGUAGAUACAGACGCGAGUGCACUUGACGCGCACGACGCGUUCGCGCACGAAGGCGACGAGUGCGCCCCUAAGUACUGCUUCUGCCGCAAGAUCGAGAGUGGCAUCAUGUAUGGCUGCGAGAGCUGUUCCGAGUGGUACCAUUUCAAAUGCCUCAAGCUUACCAAGAAACUCCGCGAUGAUGAGAGCUACUUUUGUCCGCUCUGCCCCACGGGCAUGCCCAUCAAGCAGGACCUGGUGAAGCCAGAAUUCCGCGAGUUGGAGUCUGUCACUGCCGAAGGACAGUUCUUGGCGGUGACCGUUCCCGAAUUGUUUGUGUUGAAUCGCAUCGUCGCACAGGCACGCACAUUCUUGGCUUUUUUUCAGAACCAGCACGUGCGUAAUAUCGACGAGGCCCGCUUUUACUUGCGCAAGUUUGAGGGCUCCAUGUUGGCGUUCACACCGGAAACAGAACAGCUCCGGGCUGUGUUGCGGGAGUUCGAAGGAGCCAUUCAAGUGAAUGGCAAUGAAGACGGUGCUGAGAAUGGAGAUGCCACUGGAACGGUCCUUGAUGAGCAGGCUCCGGGUGCUGGGCUGUCUCUGGAGGUCCAGAAUGUGACUGAUACUUUUCAGGCUAAUACUAUUCUGACUGGUACCUCUGUUUUGGCUGUGGGCGGAAAUGAAGUCGAUCCUUUAAGCUCCAACCCAGAAGUCGUGGAGGUUGUUGAAAUGAGUGCAAACGGCACCAGCACCAACGAUGAAGCCCCUGUGUGAAUUUCAUAUAUUAAUAACAAUAAAUAUGCGUAAAGGGGCUCAAAGUCUUCUGUUGCUGGGAUUUAAUGGAUAGUAGACGAUAUUUCUACGAUCAGUAUAAAUUAAGAGCUUAUUUCUGGUAUUAGCAAUCUAACUAUUCUACACCCAUUGAAUAGGUGUAUAUUUUAC